CAUGUUUGUAACUUCGAGACCCACACGUUUUGUUCCACUUCCGACGAGCGCGCAUUUGAGAGGCACGCGCGAGGAUUUCAACCGUGAGGGACUUUUGCAAUUGUUAAAUCGAUGGAUUUAUUAAUUUUUGUAUACCAGGAUUUCGGGUUACCGUGUUUCGCGUAGAGCCCCCAGGACGCGAACAAAUGCAAAGUAUGUCGAUUUGCAAAUGUCGAAAAGUUGUCAAAAAGCCAAGAACAUUGCCUACUUUUGAUACUCGAUUUUCAAUUUUACCAUUCCCUCUUCUUUUUUAAUACGAUUCUAAAAUAGUUUUAAAGUUACUUUUAAUCCUAAAGUAAAUUAGGAGAAAACGUUUUCGUUUCUUUUCUCUCUUUCUUCCCCCCAUUUUACGCUCUCAUUUUAUCUCGUUAUUAAUAAUUCUUGUUAAAAUUCUUGGUUCGUUGAGCACGUUGUUCUCGCAAGGACAGUCUCGAGGAGGGCCAAUCUUAGCUAUGGAUAUUCCGAGGUGCAACAUCUCUUCAGUCACGCAUCUUCAACGAGGGUCCACCACGGGCAAACGAUGGGAAGAUGUUGAAUGACCUGUCAACAUAUUUGCCGUACUGACAACACCCUCGAGCAAAGCUGUCCAUGUCCGAUAGGAAAAACGGAGAAACGUCUAAAGUGACACCCCUUCGUUCCACGCUCAUUAGGGCAAAUUCCUCGAAACAAGAAAUAGUAAUUAUUCGUGUAAAUCUUGAAGAGGAUAUACUCUCUGUACAGAGUAUCACAACGAUUUAAGAUGAAGACCGAAAGCGGUAAUUCGACUCAAGUGAAUUCCGGAAUCGAGCAACGUUUGAGGAGUCCAAAGUGCGCUAGAUGUAGGAACCACGGUGUAAUUUCCGGACUGAAGGGUCACAAAAGAUCGUGUGCGUGGAAGGACUGUCGUUGUCCUUGCUGUUUGCUGGUGGUCGAGAGGCAACGGGUGAUGGCCGCUCAAGUUGCACUCAGAAGACAACAACAGGCUCAAGGAAAUUUCUUCGGUGAAAACGUUUCAAGGGUUUGUCACACCCCGAUUGAUACGUCUGCUUCGCCGUAUCUACUGAAAACAGAUCAAACACCAGUCUGUCGAAGAGGGAAGAAUAUUCAACGUCAUCAAUUACAUUUUACGCAAACCAGCAUUAGCGUAACCCAAGGAUUCUAUGGAUUGAAAACGAUUCACGGUUUACCUGCAGCAUUUACCGCAGACGCUCCAUUGUUGAAUGGUUUGUCACAAAAUCAGGAAUACAAACAAGAAUCCGAAGGUUCGAAAAAAAUACAACCCUUCCCAAGUAUGUAUUCCACGAUCCCGUGGUUUGAACAGGUCGCGGAACCUCGUAAGACGAAGAAAAGUUUUAACAAUUUUACUUCCUCUGUGAACGAUCAAAAGAAUAUUUCUGCUGCUAAAAGUGGACCUUGUUUGGAGAAGAAAUCGACGAUCUCUUUUAGCGUAGAAUCUAUCAUUGGAACAAAGUGAUAAAUGAUAGUUCUAUAUGAAAUUGCAUUUCAUUAUUGUAAAUAGGAAUUUUUAUGAAUUGAUAAAUCUUAUUGGCAUAUACUUAUGGGCAGUAAUUAUGACAUAAGUGAAAAAUAUUCAAAAAUUUAAAUUAUUUUCUUAUGAAAUGCAAUCUAUAUGUGCUUGUAAAUCUUUCUUUUUUAAGUAUUAUUUUAAGAAUUAUACAUAUCUUUCCAAUUAACAAGUUUCUAAUUUGUUACAUAUACAUAGAUAAGAUACAUUAUUGUAUAUUAAUAUUACAAUAAACUCUUACAUAAAAUCAGA